ACGCUUGCUGGUGUUCCCUUUUGUGCUCUGCCAUUUGCUUGCGUCGUUGUGAGCAGGGCUGGUCGUGCUGCCUCUGCCCUCUCUCGCUCUGUCUGACCCUUUCUCUGCCCCUCACUUCCUCCUCCCUCUCCACUCCCUUCUCUUCCUCUUUCUUCUGCUUCUCGUCUUCAUCCUCCGGGUAGUUUUGUGUUGGUGCUGCAUCCUCCUACGCCCUCGUUGGAUCAGGUGGCGUCUCGCCUCGGAACACCAUGUCAACUUUUGCGAAGCCCGAGAAUGCCCUCAAGCGAGCGGAAGAGUUGAUGAACGUUGGCCAGAAGCAAGCUGCUUUGCAAGCUCUCCACGAUCUUAUCACUUCCAAGAGGUAUCGAGCAUGGCAGAAGACACUAGAAAAGAUUAUGUUCAAGUAUGUGGAGCUGUGUGUAGAUAUGAAGAAGGGCAGAUUUGCGAAGGAUGGGCUUAUUCAGUACAGAAUAGUAUGUCAGCAAGUUAAUGUUAGUUCUCUGGAAGAAGUAAUCAAGUACUUCCUUCAGCUGUCUAGUGAGCGGGCUGAGCAAGCACAAGCCCAAGCAGCAGCUGCUGAGGUAACUUUAGAUGUGGAGGAUUUAGAGGCCGAGAAAAGGCCAGAAGAUUUGAUGUUGAGUUAUGUCAGUGGCGAGAGGGGCAAAGAACGAUCAGACCGCGAGACCGUGACUCCUUGGUUUAAGUUUUUGUGGGAGACUUACCGUACAGUUUUGGAGAUUUUGCGGAACAAUUCAAAGUUGGAAUCCUUGUACGCUAUGACGGCUCACCGGGCUUUCCAAUUCUGUCUUCAGUAUAAGCGUACCACUGAGUUUCGGCGCCUCUGCGAAAUUCUUCGCAACCAUCUCAUUAACCUGAACAAGUACAGAGAUCAGCGUGAUAGGCCUGAUCUUACUCAGCCAGAAAGUUUGCAAUUGUACCUGGAUACUAGGUUUGAGCAGCUCAAGAUUGCCACUGAGCUGGAGCUUUGGCAGGAAGCAUUCCGUUCGAUAGAAGACAUCCAUGGACUGAUGACGAUGGUUAAGAGAACACCCAAGCCUCAAAUGAUGGCUGUGUAUUAUGCCAAAUUGACUCAAAUAUAUUGGAUGUCCGACAAUCACCUGUACCAUGCAUAUGCAUGGUACAAGCUUUACAAUUUGCAGAAGAGUUACAAUAAGAAUCUUACAGCUAAGGAUUUACAACUGAUGGCUUCUUCUGUUGUGUUGGCAACUCUCGCUGUUCCUCCCUACGACCGUAAACAUGGUGCUCCCCAUUCUGAGUUGGAGAUAGAGAAGGACAGGAAUAUUCGCAUGGCCAACAUCCUUGGUUUCAGUAUAGAUGCAAAAAAAGAUUCUCGGGAAGUGCUCUCAAGGGCAGCUCUUCUUUCUGAAUUGGUUGCGAAAGGUGUGAUGACUUAUGUGUCACCGGAAGUGAAGGAUUUAUUUACAUUGUUGGAGAAUGAGUUUCAUCCUCUUGACCUCGCUGCUAAAGCGAACGCUUUUAUCGUGAGGCUCCCGAGCCUGAGUGACAAGUUAACUCCAGCAUCGCCUGUUCCAGAAGUUCGUUUGGAGCAAUAUGUUCCAGCUCUCGAAAGGUUGACAACUCUUCGAGUUUUUCAGCAGGCUUCACAAGUGUACUCGACCAUCCGAAUACCUGAGCUAACCCGAAUGGUGACCUUUUUUGAUUUCUCGACUGUGGAGAAGUUGAUUGUGGAGGCUGUCAAGUACAACUAUGUGCAAAUGAAGGUUGAUCAUAUGAUGGGCGUUGUAAACUUCGGCAGUCAGGAUUUGGAAUCCGAGAAAGUGAAAACACAUCUUACUAUUCUUGCGAAGAGGUUAAAGAAAGCCUGUAUUAUGAUCUCUCCACCUUUUGAGGAGAAAGCGUCUAGGCAAAUUCUUCCUUAUGCUGAGCUUCAAGCUCUCGUGGAGAAAGAGCAUAAAAAGUUGCUUGCCCGUAAAGUUCUGAUUGAGCGCCGUAAAGAAGAGCAGGAGCGGCAUAUGCUUGAAAUGGAAAGAGAAGAGGAGUCGAAGAGAUUGAAGCAGCUACGUUUGACGGAGGAAGCCGAGGCAAAACGGCUUGCAAACGAGUCAGCAAGGCGAGAAGAGGCCAGAAUCAGGAAAGAAAUUGAAGAAAAGGAACUUGAAGAAGCAAGGGCGAUGCUCGCGGAGGCUGAGAAGCGGAAGGGGAAGAAAGGCAAGAAGGGUAUUACGGACGGAGAAGUUUCCAAACUCUCAAAACAGCAUCUUAUGGAAGAGGCUUUGAGUGAGCAAAUUAAAGAGCGGCAAGAAAUGGAACGCAAGCUUCAGAAGCUCUCCAAAACCAUGGAUCAUUUGGAACGUGCUAAGCGAGAGGAAGAGAGACCUCUAAUUGAAGAGGCUUACCGCAAGCGGCUCCAAGAUGAUGAGAAAUUUUAUCAGGAACAACAGGAGCAAGCACUUGAGCAGAGCAAGAAGCAGCAUGAUACAGAUGUGGUUGAGAAGAACAGGUUGAUUCGUAUGGCGGAAGACAAGGAGAUUUUUGAAGAACAAGUCAUCAGCCGUCGACAAGGAGAAUUCGCCAGGUUGAGGCGUUUACGUGAGGAGAGACUCAGGGAGGAGCGAGCCAUGAGGUCACUGGACCGUCAGAUUAGACGCAAGAAAGAGUACUUUAGAAGACAAGAAGAAGCGCGACUUCUGAAGAUCAAGGAAGAAGAGGAGGCUAGAAAGAGGGAAGAGGAAGAACGCAAACGCAAAGAGGAGGCUGAGCGUCGUGCCAAAUUUGAGGAAUUAGCUGCUAAACAGCGUGAGAGGGAGAUUGCCGCUGAAGAAAGGCAGAAGCGUGAGAGAGAAGAGGCUUUGCGACCCAAGCUCGAUGUCAAGCCUGGAAAAUUUGUUCCCCCUUCACUUCGGAAGAGGAUGGAGAGUGGUAACGACACGCGGCGUGUGGGUGAAGACAGAGACGCCCGUCCGCCAGUAGAAGAACGUCGCCCUGUGUUUGUGUCAGCACGCGUGGCUCCUCGUGAAACUGAUAGGCACAUGGAAAGAGAUGCUGCUAGUCCACUUUCCACGGAUCGCUACCAACCUCCCCGAGCUCGCCAGUCUGAUGCUGCGGAUUCUCCUCCUCCUCCAAGAGCUUAUGAACUUCCAGUUCGUCGAAGCUAUGGUGCUCCUGGUGCAAGAGGGGAUACAUAUGAGCCUCCUCGGGCUGGGGCUCGUGGCGACGCGUAUGCUCCUCCCGGUCGUACAGACAGGCGUCCUGUUAUUGGCGGUGAGCGCGAGCGUGAAGAUCGUCAAGAGCGUCGUGAUCGUUGGUAAUUUGAAUGUGGCUGCUUUAGGUCUGAUCCAGAUAAUGAGUUCUAGUUCAACCAGCGGAAACUGUAGGAUAUAAUGUUUUUUUUCCUUUCAAGUGCUUGUAUGGGCACAUUGCACUAGGGCCAGUAAUAGUAAGGUGGAGUCUACAAGUAUUCUCUUGUCGAUUCCUCCCUGUUCAGAUAUAUUUUUUUUUGUCUUUGCAGAUGUCAGUUCGAUCGAUCUUGUUUCAUAUCAUUAGCUUUCUGGUUGAGGUUUUACAUUGGCAAUAUCCGCGCUAAUGAACUUUCAAUUUGAAGGUUUAUUUAUCCUGCUCAUUUUGAUGCGGAUAUUGACAACUUAUUUAGUAGGGAUCCUUUUAGUUGGAACACACUUGUUGUUUUAAUACGUCUGAGUCAUGUUUAAUACAUCGUUCGUUUGCAUCUGAUA